UGGGGGCGGGGGCUGCUCCUUAAAGGAGCCGUCAGAGGGUGCCCUGGGGCCCCUCGGCUUCUCCGACCUUCUCCAGGGUGAGAAGAGGCAGCAGGGUGAGGAGCCACCACUGCCGGAGCUCUCGGUGGAGUGCGGGGAGGCAGCCUGGCGUCCUGGGAUGCCGCAGACCUCCCGGGCCUAGAAGAGGCAGUGGCAAGUGUCAGCGGCAGGAAGGAGGGAGAUCCCGGGGCAGAGUCCAGGGCGGCUCAAGGCUCCUCCACACGCGCCCGCUGAACCCUGAGCUCCCUGAGCCGCGGGGAUGGGGCGGGCAGAGGCUGCCGCCAUGAUCCCGGGCCUGGCCCUUCUCUGGGCAGCAGGGCUGGGGGGUGCUGCCCCCAGCACCCCACGCCUUCGCCUCUCCUUCCAAGAGCUCCAGGCCCGGCACGGUCUCCGGACCUUCAGGCUGGAGAGGACCUGCUGCUAUGAAGCGCUGCUUCUCGAUGAGGAACGUGGGCGCCUGUUUGUGGGCGCCGAGAACCACGUGGCCUCCCUCAGCCUGGACAACAUUAGCAAGCGGGCCAAGAAGCUGGCCUGGCCGGCCCGUGUGGAAUGGCGAGAGGAGUGCAACUGGGCUGGGAAGGACAUUGGCACCGAGUGCAUGAACUUCGUGAAGUUGCUCCAUGCCUACAACCACACCCACCUGCUGGCCUGUGGCACAGGGGCCUUCCACCCUGUCUGUGCAUUUGUGGAGGUGGGCCAGCGGCUGGAGGAGCCCAUGCUCCGGCUGGACCCUCGGAGGCUGGAGGAUGGCAAGGGCAAGAGUCCUUAUGACCCCAGGCAUCGGGCUGCCUCCGUGCUGGUGGGGGAAGAGCUGUACUCAGGGGUAGCCGCGGACCUCAUGGGCCGGGACUUCACCAUCUUCCGCAGCCUGGGCCAGCGUCCAAGUCUCCGGACAGAGCCGCAUGACUCCCGCUGGCUCAACGAGCCCAAGUUUAUCAAGGUCUUUUGGAUCCCGGAGAGUGAGAACCCGGAUGAUGACAAGAUCUAUUUCUUCUUCCGUGAGUCGGCGGUGGAGGCCACGCCGGCACUGGGACGCCUGUCUGUGUCCCGCGUUGGCCAGAUCUGCAGGAAUGACGUAGGUGGCCAGCGCAGCCUGGUCAACAAGUGGACAACGUUCCUGAAGGCGCGGCUGGUUUGCUCAGUGCCGGGUGCCGAGGGUGACACGAACUUUGACCAGCUCCAGGACGUGUUCCUGUUGUCCUCGCGAGAUCGUUGGACCCCGCUGCUCUAUGCUGUCUUCUCCACAUCCAGCAGCAUCUUCCAGGGCUCUGCCGUGUGCGUGUACAGCAUGAAUGAUGUACGCCGGGCCUUCCUGGGACCCUUUGCACACAAGGAGGGUCCCAUGCACCAGUGGGUGUCCUACCAGGGACGUGUCCCCUACCCCCGGCCUGGCAUGUGCCCCAGCAAGACUUUUGGCACCUUCAGUUCCACCAAGGACUUUCCUGAUGAUGUCAUCCAGUUUGCCCGGAACCACCCCCUCAUGUACAAUUCCGUCCUGCCCAUCGGUGGGCGCCCUCUCUUCCAACAAGUGGGAGCCGGGUACACCUUCACCCAGAUCACUGCGGACCGUGUCACAGCUGCUGAUGGAUACUACGAUGUCCUCUUCAUCGGCACAGAUGUAGGCACAGUGCUGAAGGUGAUCUCUGUUCCCAAGGAUGGCAGGCCGAAUGCCGAGGGGCUGCUCCUGGAGGAAUUACACAUGUUUGAGGACUCAGCUGCUGUCACCAGCAUGCAAAUCUCCUCCAAGAGGCACCAACUGUACGUAGCCUCUCGGAGCGGGGUGGCCCAGAUCCCCUUGCACCGCUGCGCUGCCCAUGGCCGUGCCUGUGCCGAAUGCUGUCUGGCACGUGACCCCUACUGUGCCUGGGAUGGGGCCAAGUGCACUCGCUUCCAGCCCAGUGCCAAGAGGCGGUUCCGACGGCAGGACGUAAGGAACGGCGACCCCAGCACACUGUGCUCCGGCGACUCAUCCCACCCUGCGCUGCUGGAGCAGAAGGUGCUGGGUGUGGAGGGAGGUAGCGCCUUCCUGGAGUGUGAGCCCCGAUCGCUGCAGGCGCACGUGGAGUGGACCUUCCAACGUGCGGGGGAGUCGGCCUACACUCAGGUGCCUGUGGAGGAGCGAGCGGAGCGCACGAGGCGGGGGCUGCUGCUGCGCAGGCUGCGGCGUGGGGACGCCGGCGUGUACCUGUGUGCCGCGGUGGAGCAGGGCUUUUCGCAGCCACUGCGUCGCCUGGCGCUGCACGUGCUGAGUGCAGCACAGGCUGAAAGACUGGCCCGGACCGAGGAUACUGCGCCAGUCGCCCCGCCGGGCCCCAAGCUCUGGUACCGGGACUUUCUGCAGCUGGUGGAGCCCGGCGGCGGCGGUGGUGCGAACUCCCUGCGAAUGUGUCGCCCGCAGCCCGCGUCGCGCCCACAGGCCCCUGAGUCACGGAGGAAGGGCCGCAACCGGAGGACACACGCCCCAGAGCUGCGGGCUGAGCGGGGCCCGCGCAGCGCAGCGGACUGGUGACUUGGCCGUCCCCACGCUGGGGACUGGGGAGGCGGCGGCAGGAGGGAGAGGGGGCGCUCAGACCCUGGGAGACGGCUAGGGGCCCGUCGUUGCCUGAUGGAGGGACGACACCGACCGACAGGCCCUGGCCAAGGGGCAGCCAUGCUGGCUUAUUUAUUAACAAGAGGAUAACCCUUGAAUGUAACCCCGAUAGGGGCGGCCCAGGCUGGGCACAGGGUCCAGCUGGUCGGGAGGCGGCAGAGAAGCAGGGUUCCCCGAGCACUUGGGUGGGAGUGGUGCCCGGAAUGCCCACCCUGGAGGAAGGACCACCUCUUUGGGCAAUGAGCAGAAAGCUGUGAACAGGCUGGGUGGGUGGGGUGGGACAGGCCGACUGUACUAAUGCAAUAAACACAUUUUCAGCCAAAGCUGGAAUGGCCCCAGCAGACAAUCGCUGGUCUUAGUGUUACCGACCCAGGUUCUUGGACUCUUUAAUCAGUAGAAGUUGAUAAGAGGCCAGAUGAGAAAUUCAGGCAAGGCUUUAUUGGGACUCCUGCUGCAGAACAAGGGAGUGGAAAUAAGCCACAGGUGCCCAACAAGCAACAGGUGCUCUCGCUUGCUUGCAGGGAGGAGGGCAGGAGGGGCAAGUGGGUUCCUUAAAUGGGGUGAGGGUAGGGUCACAUCCAUGGUUCAGGCAGUAGGGGUGGCUUAGGUGAUCAGCCCACCCCCUUGUGGUGCGGCAAGUUGGUUUUUUGGUCUUUCUUGUGUCUUGUUUAAUAAUUUGCCCUAACCGCAGGUGUGUACAGUUACUUUUAGUUGCUUACAGCAGGGCUCCCCAACCCCCAGGCCUAGGACUGACACUGGUCUGUGGCCUGUUAGGAACCGGACUGCACAGCAGGAAGUGAGCAGAGGGCAAGCCAGCGAGCAAAGCUUCUUCCUCUGCCUCUCCCCACUGGUUGCAUUACCAGCUGAAACGACCCCCAUCCCUCCCAUCUGGUCCCUGGAAAAAUUUGUCUUCCACGAAACCAAUCCCUGUUGCCCAAAAAUGGUUGGGGAGCCACUGCCUUAUAAUCUCUUUGUAGUCUCUUGCUCCAGGAGAUGUUUGUCCAGGUGUUAAGUACUGCAGCAAAGGGUUCCAUGUCCCAACCUGUCUGAUUCCCCUCUGAGAGGUUCUACACCCCUUAUUCUCGAGGGUUAAGGGGCUGAAGUUCUCUUCUUCUGAAACCGCAGAUCCUAGCCUACCCUAGAGGUGUUGUAGUCCCUCGCUGACUGCUUUCUGGGACCUGGGUUACUCUCAGCUGGAAUGGGUUGAAAUCCUUGAGCCAUCAAGAGCCUUACCUGAAAACCGUUGGGACCUAGAAGACACAAACUUAACCAAGGGGUUAAACAGACAAGGGCCAAAAAGGAGAACAGUAAAAAGCCACUAGAGCUGGGGUCACCAACCUCCAGGAUCUAAUAACGCCUUGACGAUCUGAGAUGGAGCUGAUGUAAUAAUAGAAAUAAUUGAGUCAACCUACCCCAUGUCCAUGGAAAAAUUAUCUUCCAGGAAGCCAGUGCCUGGUGCCAAAAAGGUUGGGGACUGCUUCACUCGAGGGUCUAGAAAGGGAAGGAACCAGGAUAACUUUGAGAGGGCUUCCCUAACUGCUGCCCAGACAGCGAAGGCGACAGCGCCCCUGCCAAAAUUGUGAAGCCAUUGCUGCUUGGAUGUCUAUUUCUUUAACUUUUCUCUUUGCUGUUGCAUUGAUUUAGGUGCAGCAGGAAGUGUUAGUUACCCCUCGAAUUGUGCCUUGUUCUGUCAGAAGGUAAUCAAGAACUAGAUGGUUAUCAAGAGGUAAAUACAUUAGCCCAAGUAACAAGAGAGGGCUUAACUCCUGUUAAAUCUUGCUCUGUCGGUUUUAUCACAGAAUUAAGCUGUCUGGUGAGAUUUCUCAGUGUGGCUUCUUGGUAGGGGAAGCUACCCCGUGGAGCUGCCAGUCCUGUCGCCAGCCCUAGGAAGUGAACAUUAUCAUUUAUUUAGCAGCAGACACUUGGGAUCUGUGAUUUUCCUUGCAACAUGUGUGAUCUAGUUCCUGACUAGGGAUGGAACCUGGGCCUCUGGCAUUGGGAGCGCAAAAUCUUGACCCACUGGACCACCAGGGAAGUCCCUGAAGUGGACAUUGUUAAUGCAGUUAUAGGCCAUAGCUUGGACUUUCCCAGUGACUGAGCCGUAAAGAAAACUCCUGCCAUACAGGAGACAUUGGUUCAACCCCUGGGUCGGGAAGAUCCCACGGGGAAGGAAAUGGUGGCCCACUCCAGUAUUCUUGCCUAGGAAAGCCCAUGGACAGAGGAGCCAGUGGGCUACAGUCCAUGGGGUUGCUAAAGCGUGGUAUACCACUUAGCCACUAAACAACAAAAUAAAGCCCCAGAAGCACCAAUUUUCAAUUUGUUAUUAUAAGAAAUGACCACAAGGCGGCAGCAUUUCUCCCUGCCCAACUCUUGGCAGAGCCUUAGGGGAAAAGUCCCAUUCCUGGGUUGUAACUUAGAGUGGGAUGUGCCAGAAACAACACCCAAGGGCUUGUGUCUUAUUUCUUCCACCUUACCCUUCACCACCCCCAGACAAAUACAAACCCGGUGCAAAACUGCUACAGUGAGGGUGCUGAGGGUACUCUUGGAAGGGUGAGUCUAAGUAGGAAGGUUGGAGGUGGGAACCCCCCAACUAGGAGACGUGAAAACCAGGUGACUUUACAAAGCUCUCCAGCCCUGGGACUUUCCUGGCAGUUCAGUGGUUAAGACUCACACUUCCAGUGCAAGGGGCCCGAGUGCCAUCCUUGGUUGGAGAACUACGAUCUCUCAUGCCAUGUGGUGUGGCCAA